CCGCAAGGAGUCCAAUCAAUAAAGCCACAAACCCUAGCAGACCCGGAGGAAGCAGAAGCCACGACGCUUUGAAGAAGAACAGGGCAGAUUCAGCGCAGCAAAGAAUGGAAGAUUUGAAGAAGAGAAAGCUCGACGAGAUCGCCGGAAAUGGCGAUUCUUCCGACUCCGAGGAGCACCUCCGCUCGCUUCUCGAGCCCCUCGCGAAGCCCCACCUCGUCGAGCUCCUCGCUAAGCUAGGAUCCCAAUACCAUUCGAUUGCAGAAGAAAUAAAAAGUAUCGCGAGUGCAGAUCCAGUCCACCGAAAGCUUUUUGUCCGUGGCUUGGCCUGGAAUACCACUUCAGAAACCUUGUGUGCUGCCUUUCAAGUUCAUGGAGAAAUAGAAGAAGGUGCUGUCAUUUAUGACAAAACAACAGGGAAAUCGCGCGGUUAUGGUUUUAUUACUUACAAAAAUAUGGAGUCAACUCGAAUUGCACUGAGGGCACCUAGCAAAAUGAUUGAUGGCAGGAUGGCUGUCUGUAAUCUGGCAGGUGAGGGACUGACUGGGUCAAGUGGUAUGCCUGAUUUAGCUAAGAGGAAGCUAUUUAUUGGUGGGUUGUCACCAGAUGUCACUAGUGAGAUGCUGCUCAGUUUUUUUGGAAGAUAUGGUGAUAUUGAAGAAGGUUCAGUCGCAUAUGAUAAAGAUACAACUGAAUCACGUGGGUUUGGAUUUGUUACUUAUAAGACAUCCGAGGCUGCCAAAAGAGCCAUCGAUGAUCCACAAAAGCUACUUGGGGGACGGAGCAUAACUGUCAAAUAUGCUGAAUCACAUGGACGCAAAACGGCACAGCCACAGCUACCUGCUACAAUGGUUCCAAUGGGUGCACCAAUGGCAGCAGGAUAUCCUCAGUCAGGAUAUCCUCAGACUGGAAAGGUUUAUGCUAGCAUGGAUCCUACUGGAUAUUCUUAUCCUCAAGCUGCACCAGCUUACCUAGGUGCCACUUACCCAAGCCCUCCUGCGGCACCUAUGCCAUAUGCGGCACAGCCUCAAAUGACUUACCCUCAACUUGCUGUGAAGAAAGACCAGCUUGGUGUCCCUCCGACACCGCCUAUGGGGAUGGGUGGCUAUCCCUAUUACGGUGCCAAGCAGUAAUCGGCUCAAAAAUGGUGUAGCAUGACCCCUCUCUCUCUCUCUCUCUCUCUCUCUCUCUGAAUUGGAAGUUCAAAGUUUUGAAUGCUUAUUUCUGUAUCAUUUCUAAUUUAGUGGUGACAUCUAGGUUGCCUUGAUCGUUCUAUCGAAUGCAAUUUAUUUCGGAGCAGGUAUAUAUCUGGA